UAGACGGGCUACAUCAAAAAGUGUAUCGUUGUUUAGAAUGUGAUAUAGAUUUUGCUACAAUUGAAGACUUUACUAAGGUCCAUCAAGAAAUGCAAACAAAGCCUCGUCUUUACCAAACAACUGAUCAAGUGGCUGAUACUGAAUCAUUUCAGACCGAAAAUUUAAGCAAUGAACAACCCAUUCUUGCGCACGAAGGUGAAGACUGGACAAUUGUAAAAGAAGAGCCAAUUGAUACUAAUGAUAAUGGAGAAAAGUAUAUAGAAGUUAAUGAGAAUAUUGCAGAAAGUGCGGAGACUACUGAGGGCAUCGGCGAAUUGCUUUCAGAAACAGAUUUACGUUACGAAGAUAUGGCACAAGAGAUAGCCGAAGAUGAGGAUGAUGGUGAAAAGUAUUUUUGCUGUGAUUGCCAAGUUGUAUUUAGUGAUUUGGAAAGUGCGGAGCAGCACGUUUGCAGCGCACUUAACACCGCUGCAUUGGAUGCAGAUUCAGCAGGUGGCAGUAUUGCAGAGCAAAAAGGUGAUAAUAACAUAGAUUAUGAAGAGCAGAGCGAGACUUCAACAAACAAAAUAGCAAGUAGUGAUGCAAAGUACCAUUGCCUGGAGUGUGGAAAAAAUUUUAAUUCCCUACAAGGUUUACAAAUACACCUUCGCAGUCAUAAAACCAAACAAAGAAAGACAAAGAGCAACGUGCAAGAGGUAGAGGAGUUAAAAAGCACGACAUGCCCAAUAUGUAAUACCACAUUCAGAUCGUAUAAAAAUCUUAAGUUGCACAUGAAAAUGCAUGAUGCACAACAGAUGCGUACUAUAGAAGAAGCAUUACCCGCUGGUGCCAAAGGGCAAUACAAUGACAUGAAUAAGUUCUUUUGUGAAAUUUGCAAUAAGAGCUUUGAACAAAAUUUACUUGGUAUACAUAAAAAUAUGCACCAACAGGCGACGGAGUACAAGUGCGGUAUCUGCAAUCGGGACUUUGAGAAUAAAACUAGCUACGAUAUGCAUAUGCAAAUGCACGCUGAAAGACCGGUGAAACCUCGUAAACAACAAUUCAAAGAAGCUAAUACCACUGGCAACGAUAAGCGUGAUGGUCGCUUUGCAUGUCAAUAUUGCGGGCGAACCUUCCAGCGGCCAUUCGAAAAAGUACGUCACGAGCGCGUGCACACUGGCGAGAAACCACAUGCGUGCGAAGUGUGUGGCAAAACCUUCCGUGUAUCUUAUUCACUUACGCUGCAUCUACGCACGCACACCGAUAUUCGACCAUUUGUGUGUGCAACUUGCAAUAAACGUUUCAAAUCACAACCGGUAUAUGCGCAUCACCUUCGCACUCACGAAUCGGAGCGCGCCUACAAAUGUGAAACGUGUUCGAAAACGUUUCGCACGUCGGUACAACUUGCUGCGCAUCGAAAUAUUCAUUCUAAACCAUACAAUUGCCCUGUAUGCAAUCGUCCCUUUGCUUCAUUGUACGCUGUGAAAAUACACAUGAAAACGCAUAAUAAGCAAACCCGCUCCGGCGAUGCUACUAAAUAUAGUUGCUAUGUAUGUGGCGCGGAAUAUGCGCGCAUCUCUGCAUUACGUUUGCAUAUGAAAGAUUUUCACUUUAUCGAUUUUGAUACGAAUCAGUCGUUAGAGUUAGACGAUGAAGUGAUUUCGGCCGAUGAACAAAAUGCACAAGAAAACGAAGAUGAACAUGAGGUGGAUCACGAGGCUGCUGUGUUGAUAGCAGCGGCUGCAGAAGCCGACUGUGCGGCUUACAUGGAAACUGUAACAGCUCAAGCUCCAGAUGUAUACGAGGUGGCGCAACAAAAUGACGAGCUGAUUGUGGACAACUACCAAACGGAGGAGAUUGUGUCUGAUUGGCUAUCGAAGUAAUGUAUGAAGAAAUUCAUACUUAUCCAGAAUAGAACGCGACAUAUUUGGAGUCUGCCCUUUAUGUGAAGAAUCGCAGCAUGAUACUAAAAAGCUCUUCACAUGCCCACUUAAACAAACUGAUCUUAUACCCCUCUCUCUCCGGUUCCGGAGCUAUUGAAACGGCGUGUUUUUUGGGCUUACCGUUAGUUGUCCUUUUUGACAACACUUGGUAGGGCAUCUAUCUAGGCGGAGCAUAGUAAAGCUACAACAAUAACUGCAAUAAGUUCGAUUUAGAAUUAUUAUAAAUUUAUAAAUAAAUAAAAUAUAUUAAAAUAAAUUAUUAACUACG